CCGCUUCUCUUCGGGACAGAUCAGAGCGCAGCGGAACAGAUCCGACUGGAUCGGGGAAUGUAGAUUGCUUCAUCCUCAUUAAACCUGCCGCACUAAUUCACCAGCAUCAAAGGACAGCAGCUCCUGUGGGUUUUCACUACCAGCGGUUUUAUUUGAACGGAAUACAGUGAUGCACGGCACCGGAGCAGAGAUGAUCCCGGAGGUUUCUGCCGCCGCGAGUUUCGUUUGCAGACUCUUGCGGAGCCGCGGACGCUUGAGUGACGCGCAGCUGCACUUGUUCAGAGACUAUCUCGCGCACGCGCUCUCAGAACACUACCAGCACCACUGGUUCCCCGACAGGCCGCAGAAGGGAUCCGGUUACCGCUGCAUACGGAUCAAUCAUGAAAUGGACCCUCUGAUUGGCCGAGCGGCCGGUCACAUCGGACUGACCAGCGGGCAGCUGUUCUCGCUCCUGCCGCGUGAGCUGACGCUGUGGGUCGACCCGUACGAAGUGUCCUACCGCAUCGGCGAGGACGGCUCCAUCUGCGUACUCUAUGAGGCGGAGCCACCCAGCUCAAGCCACGCCCCCUCUGCGUACGACCACACGGCGAACUGCAAAAGCCGCUUCAUGAUGAGCGGUCGCACGAGUCCACCCAAAAACUACCUGAUGAUGGUGUCCAGCUGAACGCACGCGACCGGUGUCCCCCGGUGUCGCGCCUAACCGCCGAAAGUCUACCGUUCCUGCGACUUCACAUUUCAGGCCUUUAUUUACGACUAACUUUAAAACACUGGUUGUUACGCAACCGGACAACUGACUCUAGAGAUAUUCAGCACUGUGACUGCCACUGUGUUUAUUUUUACAAACCCAAAACAGGUUUUGGGUGUUUCCACUGGUGCUCGCGCACGGUUUCAGUGCAAUUACGAUGAUACCUCACGACUCCCGCAAGAAUGUAAAGCAAUUUGAAUCGGGCUUUGCGCAAACCUUUAAGCGAUUUGACUUCAGAUUUCUGUACGUUUGCAAAGCUCACUCAUGAUGAUAACAAUAAAACUUGUUUGCGCUUUUGCUUGGUAUAGCGCCACCUGUGGUGACUUUGAGAAUGUAACUUAUUUGCAUAUUUCAGGCCUUUGCAAACUCCCAUAAUCCCCUCUGCCUUAACCACAGCGCCACCGCUCCCUUAAUAAACGUCACUGCCUGGUUCUUUAAGUCUUACUGUGCAAUACUCAGGCAAUACGCUCUUUAACUUCCUCUGGUGAUGUCAUGAAAUGGGUCGCACGGACUGAAGGCUCCACCGCUGGCGUCUCUGGGGAAGUGAUUGUGUUUUCCCAGGAUGCUUUGUGUGUGUUGGUUGGUUUCGGGGCCGGAGUGCGUCUGUAGCAUCUCGUGGGCUGCUGAGCAGCUCCUUUACUGUUUUAGAUGUAGUUUGUAAGCUAUUUUGAAGCAGGGUUGCAUUUAAUGUAAACAUUUUUUAAAUGCAUUUGUGCAGAUAUAGAGCUUUUUAUUACAAUAAACCUUCAAUGAAUGAAAUGUU